CGUCUCACCAUGUACCUCCUAAAGCUAAAGCUAAAGCUCUAGCUCUAGCUCUAGCUCGUCGGUCGAUCGAUCGUUCGUUUCAUUGUGCAAAAGCCCAAAUCAAGCAAGGCUUUUUCUUGAAGCUUCUCGCGGCUUUGAUUCUGGUUCUUCGUCUUCUUCUUGUUGUUGUUCGCGGUUGAGAGUUUGCAACUUAACAAUGGGGAGGCAGCCGUGCUGCGACAAGGUUGGGCUGAAGAAGGGGCCCUGGACGGCGGAGGAAGACCAGAAGCUCGUCAGCUUCCUCCUCGGCAACGGCCAAUGCUGCUGGAGGGCCGUCCCCAAGCUCGCCGGGUUGCUCCGGUGCGGGAAGAGCUGCCGGCUCCGGUGGACCAACUACCUCCGGCCGGACCUGAAGCGGGGGCUCCUGUCGGAGGCCGAGGAGAAGACGGUCAUCGACCUGCACGAGCAGCUCGGCAACAGGUGGUCCAAGAUCGCGUCGCAGCUGCCCGGCCGGACGGACAACGAGAUCAAGAACCACUGGAACACGCACAUCAAGAAGAAGCUCAGGAAGAUGGGCAUCGACCCCGUCACGCACAAGCCCCUCCACCCUGCCCCUGCUAAUCCUCCUCCGCUGCCGGCCGACGGCGACGGCUCGCCGGAGGAGGAAGAGGGGGUAGAGGACAAGACGUCCGCUGCUGUACUGGGAAGCGCGACGACGAGCACCGGCACCGACGGCGGCGGUGGCCACGACGUGUUCUGCACCGACGAGGUGCCCAUGCUACACCUGGACGACAUCGUCUUGCCGGGCGUCGACGUCGGCACCGCCACCACGGGCUCGCCUUUUUCCGAGUCGUCCGCCACGUCGUCGUCGUCGUCGUACUCCGCCUCGGCGUCGAGCGGCGGCAUCGACGAGGAGUGGCUGGCAUCGAUCAUGGAGUGGCCGGAGUCGAUGUACCUGGUGGGGCUGGACGUCGACGACAUGGUCACGGCGGCGGCGGCGGCGACGGCGACGUCGUCGUCGUGGGAGUUCGAGGAUCCGUUCAACACGUACCAGAGGAUCGCGUUGUUUGAUCACGGCCACGAGCUGACAUGGGCUUGACGCGACGACGACGACGACUUCAUGGAUUUUUCGUACAAAAAUUCAUCGGCGCGAGCAAGCUGCACCCUAGUGAUUUACUAUUGGAUUAUUAAAUUACUGCCCUAAUUAGAACAUAAGAUAAUUAAUUAAAGAAAUGAAGUGGUUGUGAGAGAGUGACAAAUGCACAUCCCCUUUAAUUCCUUUCUCUUUUUUUUUUCUGCUCAUCAUUUUUCUUCAGGCUUCUUUUAGGUACAUGUAUUUUGUCAUACAUAUGCAUGUAAUUAAAAGGAAUUUGAAUAAUGAAAAUGAGAGAGAAUGGUG